AUGGACGGCCUCAAACCAGCUAUAUCCUCCAUGUCACUAGGUCGCGCCUGGAUCCAUUCCAUGCCCAUCAAACUCUCCGCCGCCUCCAACCACCACAUCCACGGUCUCGAGAUAUUCUACGAAGAUCUCGAAUAUCUCGCACGAACUGAAUCAAACAGCGAGACCCCCUCUCCAGAAGCUCUUCUCCAUGCUGCUUCUACCAUAAAAGCGCUAUGCGACGAACAAAACAUGACUAUCAUCGGACUGCAACCAUUUUCCUUCUACGAGGGCUUGAAAGAUAGACACGAGCAUGCAGAGAAGAUUGAGAAAAUGAAACUCUGGUUUAAAAUUGUCAAGAUCCUGGGAACAGAUCUCAUACAGAUCCCCGCGAACUUCUUACCCAAGGAGAAAUUAACUGAUGAUAUGGAUAUCAUCAUUUCGGAUCUUCAGGAAGUAGCCGAUAUGGGUGCGAAAGAGGAACCAGCCGUUCGAUUCGCCUACGAGAAUCUAUGCUGGAAUACGUUUAAUAUUGCUGGGAGGUUAUAUGGCGAUCCAUCAUCUAGCGAUGGAAAAACUGAAAACCCAGAGAGAGCGUUGAAUGAAAGUUUGGAGAGAUUGGCAAAGACGAUUGAUGUGAAGAAAGUUUUUAACAUCCAAGUUGUUGAUGCGGAGAAAAUGCAAGAGCCAUUAGUGAUGGGGCAUACAUUUUGGGAUGAUGAACAACCUGCGCGAAUGAGUUGGAGUAGGAAUGCGAGGUUGUUUGCGGGGGAGAGUGAAAGGGGGGCGUAUCUGCCGGUUGAAAAGGUUACGAGGAUUAUCGUUGAGUGUUUGGGUUAUCAAGGGUGGGUUAGUAUGGAAUUGUUCAAUAGGUCGAUGGCUGAAGAAAGAGAGAAUGUCCCAGAUGAACAUGCUAAGAGAGCAGAGGAUUCUUGGAAGGUAAUCAAGAGUUGGAUCAAGUGGCCGAAACUUGGUGAGUGA